AUGGUUAAUGAUAAUGAUCCUUCAAGAACAUCCCAUAGGAGUGACCCAGGAUGGAAACAUUGUCAUCCGAUGGAUGAAUCAAAUUUAAAUUCAACUAUUUGCAAUUAUUAUGGGAAAGUUAUGAAAGGAGGAGUAACUAGAGCAAAAGAACAUUUCAUGGCAAAGAAGGGCAAUGCUGCUGCUUGCACCAAGACUCCGAAAAAUGUGAGAGAAGAACUUUGGAAAUUAUACAAAGAAAAAGCAGACAACUCCUCUGUCAAUCCUAAAUAUAAUGCAUCCAAUGCUAACCAUGAGAGUGAAGAUGAGGUUGAAAUUUCCAUUGCUAGUAAUGAUAAAGGGAGAAAUAGCGGUGGAAGAAAAGGACCAAUGGAUAUGUUUUGUAGAAAUCCAACUGCUGCAAUAGAGAAGAGAAAAAAGGAAAAAUUAAGGCAAGCUAACAUCAAAGAGGCAUGUGACAAAAAUUUAAAGGUCUCGGUUCAUCAAUAUAUUGCUCCAUUUUGGUACCAAGCAGGCUUGUCAUUCAACCUUGUGAAGUUGAAAAGUUUUCAAGAUAUGAUUGAUGCCAUAGGUGCUUAUGGACCUAAUUUACUCGCUCCUAGUUAUCAUGAAAUCAGAGUUCCACUUAUCAACAAGGAAGUUGAGUACACGAAAAAGUUGUUGCAAGAUCAUAAAUUGCAAUGGAGCAAACAUGGUUGUUCUAUUAUGUCAGAUGCAUGGACUAAUCGAAAGCAACGAUGCUUAAUUAAAUUUUUGGUGAGCUCCCUUGCAGGGACAAUGUUUGUCAAGUCCAUUGAUGGUUCAAACUUUGUGAAGACAGGAGAAAAACUAUUUGAGAUGCUUAAUCCCUUGUGGAGGAGAUUGGGGAAGAAAAUGUUGUUCAAGUUAUAA